AUGAAUGUUCCCCCCAUUAUAUUCACGAUGGCCAAUGACAACAUCCGAACGGUAACAGUGUAUGGCGCGACCGGUGCCCAGGGUGGCGCUGUCGCCCGAUCCUUGCUGAAGAAUAAUGCAUUCAAAGUCCGAGCAAUUACCCGGAAGCCUGAUUCUGAGGCGGCAAAGGCCCUGAGGGCACUGGGCGCUGAGAUUGUCCAGGGAGACGGGUGGAGCAAAGAGCAGAUGGUGGCAGCGUUUUCUGGAUCGUGGGCAGCCUUUGUCAACACCAACUCGGACGAUCCGUGCUUUAUGGAUGGCCAUCCUCCAACCGAAGUCGACCUUGGGAAGAUCAUUAUAGAUGGGAUCAUCGAGGCCGGCACUGUCAAGCACCUCGUGUACUCUUCGUUUGUUGACACGUCAAGCUUCACCAAUGGUCAGGCUAUUAUCAAAGCAGCUGAUAUGAAGGCGAAAGUCCAGCGGUAUGCUGCGGAUUCAGGCCACUUUGAUACGGUCUGUCCCCUAUACCAAGGUUGGUAUAUGGGUAUCUUUCUACGACAGGAUUACGCGCGUGCUCUUGGAGGUUUUCCUUAUUUCCAGGAUGAAGAUGGAUUUCGCACCCUCCGCCUUCCGCGAUGGGGCACCCAUACCGACAUGCCCAUUCCUUGGAUAUCGCUAGAAGACGAUUUUGGCGACAUUGUCCAUGGCAUCUUCCUAGAGCCGGAGAAUUAUAAUCGAAGAGUCGUUCCAACCGUCAGUGAUGUCUGCACGUACCCAGAUGUGAUGGAUGCUUUCCAAUCAGCCACCGGCGAAAAGGCACGAUAUAUACCAGUUACAGACUGGGAAGCUCACUUUGGCGAUUCUCAUCACGGUCGAGAAAGCCUUACAAUCUUCAAGUUCGGCCACUUUACCAAUGGCAAGUACUUUGGGCAUGAGCCCAUUUCAACGGACGUCUCGGCCUAUCUGAAGGCAAAGGCUGCUGAGGCGCAGGGUAAAGACCCAAGCGACCGUAAGCUCAUAACUCUGAGCGAGUGGUUUGCGAAACAUGUGGCGCCGCUGAUCUAG